UAAAAUAUGUGUGAAACUUGAAUUAUAUUUCGGGUAGACCAACAUUUAUCGUUUUGUUUGUAUAUUGGCAAAGCCAUUUUGUUGGGUUUAAAGAUUGCUGUACAAAUGUCAUUGUCGGUCCYAGAGUAUUUGGCUSUUCCGUCUUUUUGUGCUUUCUCGUGAGUUUAGAGGGGACAGUCAGGAAAACAAACAGAUCGAACGAAGAAAGAUCGAUAGCCGGUCGGUUGAAGAGGUUAUUUGGCGGGGAAUGACUCGCUUUCAUGCAUUCCUUAAUCGGUGCUUGUUGCUUUUCCUACACAUAUUAGUGCUUUCGCAUAUCAUUCGUUUUGAACCGUGGUAGCAGCAGAGUAUAGUCUAUCCGCUUCGGUGUUGUGUUUUAAUGUCCAUGUUUACAAUAUCAAUUUUAGCUUAUUCGACGUUCAUCGAUAGAUAUUUACCGCUUCAAAUUCGGUGUUAAACAUUUAUCGCUAUGCAUACGAGGCGUUUGGUAAAGCGUUCGAUCCUGGGGAGCCGAGUGUUUACGCCGAGUCCGACAGGGGACGGGGCUCCGUUGACAGGAGUGGUACAGGCUGUCAAGCAGCAGGAAAACAGAGACGUUUUAACCGGACCCCGGCGUAACGUCUACAUGGUGUUAAUGCAAGACGGAAGCCUGAAAGAAUUCUCAGAGGACGAGAUAGCCGUGGGCUUCAACCAAACGACGGCGAAAGGACCGCUCAGAUCGAGCUUGAAGCAGAGCUCCUGGAACGGCCGAGGGAAUGGGGCUCCUCUGCAGAGCCAGACCAUGGAGCCCCAGAAGGGGGAGGCCAACUCCCUGAGCCCAGAGGCGUUGAAGGGGGAGCGGGGAGCAGACGGAAGGAGGACGGGGCUCCCCCUUGAGGGUCCAGAGGGGGACCACACCCGCUCUGUUUCCCUGCUGGAGCAGAAACGCAAGGUGGUGUCAUCCAGCAUUGACGUGCCCCACGUCAGGUAA